AUGGCGGUUUCCCAGGAGGAUGAGAUCGUCAGUAAGGCAAAGUCGGCUAUCCUGGCUUUGGAGUCUUUGAAAACCGAACAAGAAAAAUCCCUUUCUGGUUUUCAGUCAUCCUUGAGCCAAAGCCAUGCAGGAGAUGAGCCAGAAAACCUCUACGCCAAAGAAAUGGUGGAUCCAUUGGGCGUCAUUGUUCAGCGAAUUCAGAAUGGCUUGGAAGAUGCGGACGUCCUGCUAGUUAUGUAUGAGUACCUACAAAAAGCUGAAGCAGAAAAGCAAAAGUUGAAAUACCAAGCCCGUCGGUUGUUCCAGGAAAAUACUUGGCUUAGGGAAGAGCUGACAUAUGUACAAGAUCGUUAUCGUGAAAGCGAACAAAGAGUUGUAAUUCUUCAGGAACAAGUAAAGGAACAUGAAUUUAAUGCAGAGUUGCGGAAAUACGAUUCCUCGGAACCAACUGAUCAAGCAGGACUCGGUAAUGGCGACGCCACCACUGCGAAAACCGCUUUAGACUUGGGCUUCCCACCGGAAGAUAAAGAAGAUGGAGAUCAAGAUAGCCACGUAGUCUGUAUUGGAGUAGCGGCACUACUGUUCCUCAAAGAAGUGUGA